CCUGCUCCUGUCUAGUCCCUGUGAUUUUUAUCAGCCGCUCACCUUCGGCUGUAACGUGUUCGUCACUGUUGCACAUUUAUCACCACAAGCUUGGCUUUCUAUUGGUUCAUCUUCUGGUAUCAUUUAAGAGUUCUCUGUACAUUUGCAUCUGCUGUUCUUUCUAGAAAAAGAAAAGAGGCAUGUCCUUUUUCUUUCAGUGUGUUGCUUGCGUGUUUGGCUAUAAGCAAAACCAUACAAGUAGUCAUUAUUUUUUUUUUUUUUUGCUGCGAUCUGGUUACAGAAAGUGUCAAAUGAAGUACUGGUUUGACAGACGUUAUUUGAUACUGAGCUGUUGGCGAUACCCAUACCUACCAACUAUCCCUUUAAAGUUAGAGAAUUAAAGUCAUUGAGUUUUUUCAGGUUUGUUGACAUUUCAGCUGAUGAAAACGCAUAUAAAUAUAAUUUUAGCUUUGCAAAAUAGUGUUCUGACAUGUCAGGCAAAGAGGAGAACAGGAAUUUCUUUGAAAAAUUGUUAAUUUUUUUUUAUUUACCCCAAAAAUACUGAACAACAAAAACCAAAAAACUUCACAACUAGGCCUAUAAAAGAGGUCAACCAAAUAUCGCUAUACUCAAAAAGGCAUACAGCAAAACAGGAUAUAAACAGAACAAACUGGCCUAACUGAAUGAGACACAAGUUUAUUUAGCCAAUUUGUGUUUGCAGAAAAGUGAAUGUGUCACUGGCCAUUUGUUAUACAUUUGAAUAGUGUUUUGCAGAGUUUUACUGAUAUCCACGGACAACUGCGUCAUGUGAUUCCUCAAUGUUUAUCAUCUUUUACAACACAAAAAGACUGAGUAAGCUGUCUGUCGGUCACGUUACUCUUCCUGGUCCAACUCUGAACCUCAUGUCUGCGAGCCAAUGGGGAGAGAGGAAGGUCCCCAUACACACCUGUCAUAAAAUGUGUUAUAAAAAUCUAACAUACUGCAUCUUAAUGUUAAAUUGGCUUCUUUGGUAGGCAGUUUAUUUCAGAAGCUUUUGUUAUAUUUAUUGAAAUUCUGUCUACAUUCUGAUCAAUACAUAAAAAAAAAAUGCUCUGACACAAAAAUUAAAUUAAUCUGUGGCUGUCGCAGAACAGUAAGUACUUCCUGAAAAUACUGGCUGUCUUACCUGCCCACCACCUGUCCACAUGCAUGCACCUUCAGGGGAGUGGCUUUGGAGUGGGCACUGCGGGGAGGACUCUUUCAAACUCCGGCUGCCUCUUCUUAGUUCCUCCUACGUUGCCUGCCCCAGCUUUAGAAAAUUAAAGCUCAGAUAUGAGAACACACCACAUUUCAUGGUCACGCCUCUGGCUGUGGAUUCAGACAUCGCUGCAGACUAACAAGUCAAAAGAAAUAAGUUUUCAGUGCCUUGAACACCACAACUUUACUUGUAUUGGCACGGCAGAAGGAAGUCUCGCAGGGAAAAAGACCAAAACACCGGAGGCCAGAGUGAAGACGUCCAGCAGGAGGCAAACAGAAGAAUGUUCAAAAAGAGAAUCACACUCUUGUUCUUCUUGAUUGUCCUCAUAUUACUUAUCUUGCAUUGCCUUGAUUUGAGGCACAUCGUCUUUACGUGGAUUCCCAGGUUCCUUAGCAGUGGUAUAGUUUUGUUCCAGAAGAUCCUUUCACCGUUUCGUUAUGUAUCUCAGGGGCCGUACUUAGUGGAAUACCCGUAUAAGUACCACUUUGUUAUAAAUGAGCCUAAGCGAUGUGAGCAGAAGAAGCCCUACCUGGUUCUGAUGGUUCCUGUGGCGCCCCACAACAGGGCCCAACGUGACAUCGUCCGCAGCACCUGGGGAGGUGAAAGCCUGGUGCUGGACAAAGUGGUGACGCUGUUCUUCCUGCUGGGGCUGCACAUUGGAGAGGGAGCAGAGCAGCACCAAAAGGAGCUGCUGCAGGAGAGCACCGAGCAUCAAGACCUGAUCCAGGUCAACUUCCUGGACUGCUACAAGAACCUGACCAUCAAAACCAUGAUGAUGCUGGAGUGGCUGGACGCCCACUGCUCCAGCGCCUCUUACGCCAUGAAGAUUGAUUCAGACAUGUUUCUAAAUGUGGCCAAGCUCAUAAACAUGUUGUUAGACGCUCCAAAGACAAACUACAUGAGCGGACAUGUGGCGAGAGAAGCUGAAGUUCGGAGAGAUACAUUUUCUAAGUGGUACGUACCCGAGGAGAUUUACCCUGGGUCUGUGUACCCACAUUAUGUUUUAGGUCUGGGCUACGUUUUGUCUCUAGACCUCCCAAAAAAGCUUGUGGAGGCAUCCAGACACGUGAAAGCUCUUUACAUUGAAGACGUGUAUUUGGGGUUGUGUAUGCAGUACCUGGGUAUCCCUCCCACCGACCCCCCAGACUCGGGUUAUUUUAAUUACGAUCCUGUGCAGUACAGUCGCUGUGCUUACUCCAGGCUAAUAGCAACCACUACAUAUGAAGACACAGAUCUUUUAUGGAUUUGGGAAGACUUUAUCAGACCUGGUCCUCAGUGUGAUGAGAGUGGUUUCACACCUGGACUAUUUGCUAUGUUUUACUGAACUCUGGUGAGGACCAGAAAGUUUGUGACCACGAUAAAAGGAGGAUCUGUGGUGUGGUUUGGUAGCAGUGUGAAAGCAAAACGGACCAACCACAGGAUUUCAGCAUGAAACUGCUAUUAAAAUCUGCUGAUUAUGAACGGUGUUCUGUGAAGCUUAAAAGUGAUCUACAUGCAGCUUAGCUACAAAAGUCCCAUUCAUUUUUCUCAUAAUGUUAAGCUUUAGAAAAUAUUUGGUUCUUUAAUGAAAAAAUAAAAAAAAGGUACAAAGUUUUUUAUGGACAACUAUGACUCCAUUUUGGAAAGACGCAUCCAAUCACAGAGUUUAAUCCUAUUACAAGCACAGGAAAUUGGGAGGGGGGGGGGUAUCUCCAAGAAAGGGAAAUCAAGGUACCAAAAAAAGUAAAGAGCAAGAAAGCAAAGUGAAGGAAAACAGCUGCUAAUUAAUUUAUUUUAAAAGAAAUGUGAGUACAGUCACACUUAGCAGUUAAAGAAUAGUUUAAGCUAAUGUCAGCAGUUUAGAUCGAAGGCUGGAAUCUAGCUUGACGCAUAUUUGCACAGUAGGCUAGAUCAUAAAUUAUUAUCAUAAAUUAAACUUACUAAAGUUGUAAUUAUUUUCCUUUUAGGCCGACAUGCCUGUGAACCACUAACUUACACUGUGGGCUUGGACACAGUGUAGUACUGAAAUGAUGCAAAUGGCAAGGCUGUUUAUUUUAUUUUUGUUUUGUUUCUGCAAAUAAAACAUGACUCUAGUGAAGUCUUGUUCAGGUGUCUUUCAUUAUGCAGUAUAGAAAGCAUUUUCUCAAUGUAGGCCUAUGGAACACAGAGACUUCUUGCAUAUAGGGCGCAGAAUUUUGUGCUGUGCCCCUGGUCACAAUACUAUGUAAUCCUUACAUCUUUCAGGAUAGUCCUGUGUUUUAAUUUUACAUAUUGCAUUCAGUGACCACGUCUUUCUAAACAGUUUUCUCCCUCAAACUCAACCACCACCAAACAUCUGUAUUUAUAUAACAAGAGAGUUAAUUAUGGGUCCUGGAUGCAGUCACUUUUACUUCCACUUUUACUUUCCAUUCUGGACGCAUCUGCAGAAGAUCGCCAGGGAUGCAUCAAUCUGAAGAAAAGAUCCUUUCCCAGGUGGAUUACAGGAGAGGACAGAAGACGAGAUGUGGAUGAGAACUUGUGCCACUUUUAUUUCUACAUCUAUAUCUCACCUUAAAAAAAAAAAUGCGUACAGUGAAUAUCUAUCGUUUUUAUAUUGAAUUACUGGAAGUACUUUCAUUUUGUGUACUUGCAAUUACUUGAUGCAAAAAGGGCAGAAAGCAUCACUGCAACAUUUUGUGAUUCAUCUCAUUUACUGAAAGGCAGCAUAAACCAUGUAAUAAACAGAGAUGUGACCUUAUUUAUGUUGUAAUGGGAUCUUGAUCUAUGCUAAAUAUAUAAAACAGUUUUCUAAAGAUAGUGAUACAUUUUGUAAUUCCGCCUGUUUGGGUUUUUCCAGGUAUAUAUAUACACACACACGAGAAUGUAAAAUUGUGUUUUUGUUGGCAGACAAAUGUUUAUGUUAUAAGACUUGGUCCUGAUGUGUGUUUUGGUUGCAUCGGUGCACUUUUGGAUGUGAGAAGAACUGUUGUGCUGAGCAAAGAGCAGUAUGAAGAGUUGUGAAAAAGUGAAGCACUGUACCAUGUUUGUCCGUGUGACACUGAUGAUGCUGGAUGACAUCACAAAAUAAAAUAUCCAAUAAAUGAUUUGCAUUUCA